UUUAAACCUGACACUCAGUUCAGCACUCAUUCUUACUGCAGCAGUGCACAUUACCAAGCACUUUACUCUAAGUCUUCUGUAUCAGAGGUGGACCUACACCAGUUGUUCUUUCUUACAGUUUAUCAUAACUGAAUAGAAGAGAAAGAAUGGAUUUUGACAUGCACCCCACUGUAUUCAUGAAUGGGGUUAACUGGGAGAGAAUUCUGCCACCCUUGUUUCCCCGGGUCAACGGAACAGAAGGAAAGUACGCAUGGACUCCAGCUGAACUGCUCUUACCAGAGAGUGAACAUAAAGGAGCAACACAGGCUGUUUGUGACCAAAAUGGAUUUACAGUUAAGCUUGAUGUGAAACAUUUCAGUCCUGAAGAUCUAAUGGUCAAAGUCAAGGGGGGCUAUGUUGUUGUGGAGGGUAAAAAUGAACAGAAAAAGGAUGGACCAGGGAUGGUGACCAGACAGUUUAACAGACGCUACCGCAUCCCAAAAGAAGUAGAUGCUAUGAAAUUGGAGUGUGCAGUUUCGCCAGAUGGCAUGCUUGUGAUUUCUGCUCCUUUGCAACAAGAUGAGAACUCAACGUUACCCUCAACCGAAUAAGCAUGAAGUAUAGAGGCAUACACCAGUGAAGACAAGCCGAUCUGGUGGACAUUUUCCUAUUUAUUUGAGUGGUUCCAUGCUGUACUUCACUCAUGCUUAACAGAGUCAACACAAUGAACGACAGGAGAAAUGGAUCAACUGUUCUCAUGCACUGAAGCUAACAACCAUCACCCCCCCAUAUAAAUUUUAAACAUUCUUAAUACCAAGCCAUACAUCACCACAUACUUUCCCUGUAGCAUUUACAUAAGACUAAGCUUUUAAGCUCACUGAAGCUGCUUGAGUUAAUCCAUCUCAAAGUUUCCAGCAUGUUCUAAGCUUUCUAGCAAUUGUCAAUUAUUGGCAAUGAUUGCACAUAUCAAAUAACCUAAUCAUUCUCACAAAUUACCAAAAAUGGGAUUGAUAAGUUUAAGACUGUACAUAUUCCUUAAUAACUGUUUGUUUUGUGUUUGAGUUAUAUUUUAUGCACUGUUUAACUUUUAUAAAAAGUCUUCAAAUGAUUGUUUUAUUCCAA